GGGAACGAGAGAAUGCGAGAGUGCACGAAAAGACUGAGCGAGAGCGAGCAGAGAUAGGGAGGGAGCGGUGGAGUGAAUUCCGUGGUAUCCUGACGCCGAAAACAUGGCUCUCAACGGGAAAUUGCACGCCCUAGCGACACAGUGCAUCUCGCACUGCCGAAGGAACUACGGCAUCAGUGCGGUGCUGAUGCAGAAAUCUUUGGAUCCCGUGCAGAAACUGUUUGUGGACAAACUUCGGGAGUACGCCCAGAAGAGCAAAUCCAAGAGUGAACUUUUCGUUGAUGCCGACGAAAAAAUCAAGAUGGAGUACAACGACGAGCUGAAAAAAGCAGCCGUUCAGUUUGGAGGCGACAAGGGUUCCGACAUGAGCAAGUUUCCCGAUUUCCAGUUUGAAGAUCCCCAACUGGACCCCAUCAACCUGGAGAAGAAGUAAGCUGCCAGCGGAGUUCCCACUGCACCCGUAGGCUCUCAAUUUAAAAAAAUAAAAUGUACAGACACUGCUGCUAAAAUAAAAGACGGUUAAAA